GUGGCGGGCGCAGCUGCCCUCUUAGGAAGGCCCGGGCCGGGUCCAACCGGGCGAGCUCUCAGCGUCUCCUCGGCGCUGAGUCCCUCCGCUUUGCUGGGAAGCGGAGCGGCGGCUCCGGUGGGCUGGCCUCCGGGGCGGAGGAAGAGGGGAGGAAGGGAGCCGCGGCCUGACGGCUGUAGGGGAAGUGGGGAGGGAGGCCCAGCCACCCAGUGGGUGCUGCUCCUGGGAAUGGAGGAAAGCAAAAAUUUCGAGAGUUGUGGGGUGGGUUUAUGACUUUAUUUUUUCUUUAUAGGAAAUGUGUGGGGAGUUUUUGUGCCGUGAACGUUUACCGGGGAUUGAAGGGGCAGCAGCUCGAGCACUGCCUGCCUAAAGCAGUUAAAGCGGAAACGGUGAUCUCAUACCUCUUUCCCAGGGAUUGGGAAAGCAGAUUUGUGGUUAAUGUGCAAAUAUCUUCUAGGGAUUCUGAGUUUGUGCUGCUCAUGGCACUGAAGACUAAGUAGGUCUGCAUUAUACAGCCCUGUUGUGGCUGCUUCAGGAUGAGAAGCAGCAGCCCUGGAAAACUGCUUGGAAUCAUAGAAUCAUAGGGUUUGGGUUGGAAGGGACCUUAAAGAUCAUCUUGCUCCAACCCUUGCCGUGUACAGGGAUCCCUUCCACUAGACCAAGUUGCUCCAAGACCCAUUCACCCUUGCCUUGAGACACUUCCAGGGAUGGGGCAGCCACAGCUUCUCUGGGCAACCUGUGCCAAGGCCUCACCAUUCUCACAGGGAAGAAUUUUUUCCCAAUGCCCAGUCUAACCGUGCCGUGUGUCAGGCUGUUUAUGCUGAGUGAUUUGGCGCAAGGGGAUGUAUGAAUUGAAACCAGUUCUGCUGUGGAGCAACAGAGUUAAUGGUGUCCUUUGUAUCCCUAGCAGACAGAAGAGUAACUGGAUCUCACACACUAUUUUCCGGAUUGUAGAUGUAAUCAUCAGAUUAUUAUUGUGUGUUUACUAGAUUGCUUUAUGGGAGUGAGGAUUCCAUAAUUUCUUCUGGUGAAGUGUUAAAAACAUUUAACUUCCCUAAGUGCACACUCAUUUGAGGUGUUCUGUAAUUCUGGGAAGAUAUUUGUGCUGUGAGUAUCCCUGGAACACAGCAGUUGCAUAAUGGAGCACAGAGCGCAGUGUCUGCUGGAAUCAGAAAUCCACUGUAUUUUCCACAGCAUUGUAAACAGGCAGGAAAGAAGGGUAAUGCUGUAACACAAGUGUUCACUCUUACAUGAUUUUUUUUGGUAGUAGUAUUCUGCAAUGGAACAGGUUCUCACUGAAGUUAUGCCCCAUCCCUGGAAGUGUCCGGGGAUAGGCUGGACAGGGCUUGGAGCAACCUGGUCUAGUGAACAGUUGUCCUGUCCAUGAUUUGGAUGGAACAAGAUGAUCUUUAAGGUCUCACAGUCUAUCCCAUUCCAUGAUUCUGUGAUUCUAUUUAGUACCAGAACAGAUAGGUAAUGUCAUAAAUCCAUCAGUGAGUGUAAGAAUGGUUGUUGAGGAUUCCCAUUACCCCUGUAAGCUGCUGUAGGAGUUGCUUGAAAACACGGUCAGCUCACAGCCAGUGAAACAGGUUCUUGUGAUAUUUCACAUUGAUGUUGGCUUCAUUCCGUGUUAUUUUGUCAGAGUACCUGAACUGAAAUUCUACGUGUGUAUGUCUGCCUCUGGGCUUCAGGGCACAGUGGGGAUGAGAAGGAAGACUGGAGUGUAAUGAAUUGAGGGAGAAUGGGGAGCACAUGCAGACCUAUGCAGCAGUAUAAUUUGGGAAGAACAUGCUUAGCUGAAAGGCAGUGUUGUGUGAAUAUGGCCACUCUGUAGCUCCGACACCGUGGGGACACAUCAGGGGGUCUGACCCUGGGGAAUGGCAGCAUGCAGGGAUGGGGGCAGCAGGCACAGGACAGGUCCUUGGGCUGGGAGCAGCCUCGGGGCAGCUGGAGGCAGGGCAGGGAGCUGAGGGAGGCAGGACCACAGGGAGGGAUGGGAGUGUGAGCUGCCUGUGCCUGGACAUCCACUGUGGAGCCAUGUGCCUGGUCCUCCAUAGCAAACCAUUGGGAUCUGAGGCAUGGCAACCCUCUGCUGUUGAUACAGGACUGGUAAAGGUCUGGUGUCCCCCAGUCAUUUUUCAGUCUGGGAAAUUGUAUAUAGUUCUGGCACAGGUUAAGCACACACUCACCAGAGAGCUGCAGCUGCUUGCUGAGCCACCCAGAGGUUGGAUUUCUCUUCAUGGGCAGUACCUGCCCGUUGCAGCAGCUUCUCAGCCUCGAGAGCUCUGAGUUACUCCAGGAUGGUUUUCCGAGGCUGUUGUAUACUGUCUUCCAGUGCCCAGGAGAUGGCACUCCUGCAUUUGGACAGUGUGCAGCUGUUCCCCAGAUGCACCAGAGGUUGCCUGAAGAGGAAAAUCCCAUCGUGGGCUGGCUGUUUGGCUCUGCUGGGGAGGGAAGUGGCCACAUUUUCAGGGUCUGGUGAUUUGUCCUGUUCUGGGAGAUACCAAAGCUGGGGUGGUGAUCUGUGAGAACAGUCUCUGCUCAGCAGGCAGGCGUUCCUGGGUGCGUAUUGAUGGCGCAAACUCCAGCAACAGGUUGUUACUGUUAAGUAGUUAUCACCAUAGAGGACCUGGAGAUGCGAGGUUCAUGCAGCUGCAGCUCCUCCAGGUGUGAAGACUUUAAUUACAGCCAGAUGAAAGCAUCUGGCAUGAGGCAUCUACAAACUGGAUUAGGGUUCCACUGAGUGCAGCUGUCUGUGUUGGGUUUACCCCACCCAUUUAUACUGUACAUCCAUCGGAGGUAUCUAAGAUCUGUGCCUGGGUGUUUUCCAGGCACAUGUGCUUCUUUCAGGAUGUGGGGCUGGGAAAGAAGUUACCAGGAACUAGAGAGAAAAGAAGUGGUUUAGGUCUGAAAUGAUAUGUGCUGUGUCCCUCUGUGGCUCAAGCCAGUGAGCAGAUGCUCAUGACACAGGUCUGGUUGGGAUGGCACAUUCCACAUCCUGUAUUUAUCCAGGAUCCACUGUCAUGGAGCAGGAGGUUGAUGCAUCAAGCCCUGCCUGCCUGCCUCUCUCAGGAAACCUCAGAGGUGAAGGUUUGGAUUUAGACUGGAUAUUAGGAAAAAAUUCUUUCCUGUGAGAGUGGUGAGGUCUCAACACAAGUUCUCCAGAAAAUCUGUGGCUGCCUCAUCCCUGGAAGUAUUCCAGGCCAGGUUGUUCUUGUGGAAGGUGUCCCUGGUCUAGUGGAAGGGGAAUGGAAUGAGGUGAGUUUUAAAGUCUGUUCCAACCCAAAUGAUUCUAGGAUUUGAUAAUUCUUUGAUUUUAAGGACUGUGUGACCACAAGGUGUGUAAAUCCCACCAUACCCAAGCUCAUAGCUGUUCUCUGUCACAUUUGUUGUUUGUUUCCCCUCUUCUGCUGGGUCACAGCUUGGAGUAGGUUUUCCUGGGGCUGUUUCUCAGCUCAGUACUUGGCUCAGUGCCUUGGCCUGUGUUGUGCUGAGCUGAGUGCCCGUUGCUAUAAUUUUACCUGUUUGUGUCCCUUGAUCUGUAUUUGUUCCCUUGAAAGUGCAGGGAGAUCCAUUAAAGCAGAGGCACUGGGUAAAUACCGCCUGCUCCUCACUCCACCAGCACCCGGGAUCAGCGAUUAACUCUGGGUAAACAGAGCCGACUGCCAGUCAGCCCUUGGCCACAGCAAGGAGGGUCAGGGGACCCAAAGUGCUCCUCCCCAGGUGUGUGGGGGAUGUAAAGGCUGGAGUUGGAUGUAAAAGCUGGACACUGCUGGAGCAGGACACUGGCAUGGAACUGAACCUCUGGUGCCUGGUGGCCAUUGGACGCAUCCUGCUGAUGGUGUGCCAUGGGCGGGAUCAGUCACCAGCAGUAUAAAUAGAGCUGGCAGCGAAUCUGCCCUGGGGAAUAACUGCUGAACCCUGGAGCGAGGAACAGACAGCGUGGGCUGGGUGGAGGAGGUGCCUAGGAGGAGGCGUGAUGCCAGUAUCCUGUACUGGGGAGCCCAACAGCAUGUGCUCGAUGCCAAUGCAGUGCCUGUAGGGCUUCAGCUCAACCGGGACGUGGAUCACAGUGCUGGAUCAGAUCCAUAAGAGCUUCCCAGUGGGCGGCAGGAAUGGCAGGAGCUCAGGUGGGACUACCAGGACCUUUCUUGGAGCCUCCAGUUGGGCCUUGCCCCAUCUCCGACUCUGACUCUGAGACGGAGGAUCCCAGAGCUGUGGGUGGCACAAGACCCAACGCUGCAGCACAGAACUCCUCCCAGGUCAUUCACAGUGGCCAUUUCAUGGUGUCAUGCCCGCACAACGACUCACUGCCCCGGCGACGGCACCACCGUACUGAGCCCGAACCAGCUGAUCCCCGGAGUAUCGAUCCGACCCUUACCUGGCUCUUUGAGUGCAUGAGCCUGGAGUACAGUGGGAAGCUAGUAUCUCCAAAGUGGAAGAAUUUCAAGGGGCUGCGACUGCUUUGCUGGGAUAAAAUUCGACUCAACAACGUGAUCUGGAGAGCAUGGUACAUCCAGUAUGUGGAGCGGAGGAAAAACCCUGUGUGCAGCUUCAUCACCCCUCUGGAGGGCAUGGAGGCUGAUGAGCACCGAAAACCAGAGGCUGUUGUGCUGGAGGGCAACUACUGGAAACGCCGCAUUGAGGUGGUGAUGAGGGAGUACCACAAAUGGAGGAUCUACUAUAAGAAGCGGCUCCGAAAGUCCACACGAGAGGGAGAGAUCUGCAGUCCAAAGCAGGACGAGGAUGUCUGGAGGCCAACAGAGAAAUGGUGCAACCAGCUCUUCUGCAAUGUAGUGCCUAUGCUGCUUGGGGAUGAGGAGGAGGAGUGUGGGAGCAGGCAGCAUUUCGAUUUGGACACCUUCCUUUCGGACAUAUCUGAUACCCUCUUCACCAUGACACAGAUGCCCAGCACCCACCAGGCACUCCCCGAGGAUGGGGUGUAUGUUGGGAAUGCUGACAUGAUACAGCCGGAUUUGGCACCCCUGCAGCCCAGCCUGGAUGACAUGGACAUAUCAGAAAUCUUCACCAGCCACCGGCCACCCCUGUCUCAGACACAACCGGGCUACCAGGAUCCAUCCUGCUUCUCGCCUAUGGCUGAGCCCCUGUUCAGCAGCGGGGAGUCCCUGAUGGGUGCUCGGAGUCUGCCUGUGAGUCCCGAGGCCCCAGUCCUACCUGGCACCCUCCUCCAGCCCAGUGAUGCCUCCCAGCUCAGUCUCCACAGCACCUUCCCGGGCUCUGAGCUGCCCCCGGCCCCCCUGCCCCCUGAACACCCCGACGUGGCACCCAGCAGCCUCAGCCCCCAGCUCCGACACAAGCCCACACUGCAGUACGACUUCCCUGGCAAGUGCCUCAGCCUGGAGCCACCAACACCCCACUAUGUCCCCCCCAUCCCAUCCCCCCAGGCACCACUGCUGAGCCUGGAACCCUCCUCCUCCCCUGCCUCAACCCCCCGCUCUAAGUUCCCCUACAGCAGUUCACCUGACCCCUCACUUGUCACCCACGCUACCUCCCCUCCCUCGAGCCCUUGUUUUUCCCCCUGCAUCCCAGGGCUGGGCUAUGCCACAGGCAUGGGGCCGCAGGGAUACCCCGGCCCUGCUGUCUCCCAGCUCCUGCCCCAAGCCCUGCUGGGCAACCCCAGGUUUGCCCCCCCCAAGGGGCUGCCCCAGGGUGGAGGUGGGUGGCCCAGGGCAAAGUCCAGCGGCACCAAGGCAAGGAGGCUGCCAGGACAUCCCCUGUCCCACCUGCCUGAGCCCAACCCCUGCCUGAGCCAGCUCCUGACCACAGCCAAGCAGGACCUGGUGCUGGAUACCCCUUGCCUGAUGGGUGCAGGACUCAUGCCCACAGCCCCUGUCUCACCGCAGCAGAGCACUGUCCCCAAAGUCCCUGCCACCUUCCUCUCCAGAAUGGCCCAGAUGAGCCCAGGACUGGCUCCUGGCUCCAGCCCUUCCCAAGUGUUGCUGCACACAGUGGGCAUGCAGCCGAGCCCCCUACAAGUCCCCAAGGCAGAGCAGCUGUCCCCCACCUUGACUUGCGGCAGUGACUGGCCCAAGCCCAGCCAGGCUUCCCCAGGACCCACUGCAAAGCUGGGCACUAGCAUCUCCCUGCACCAGCCUGUGUCCCGUCUGGGAAGGCCUGAGUCCAGCAAGCUGGAGAGCCGCCGCAUCACACACAUCUCCGCUGAGCAGAAGAGACGCUUCAACAUCAAGCUUGGCUUCACCACGCUCCACAGCUUGGUGAGCACACUGAGUGCUCAGCCCAGCAUCAAGAUCAGCAAGGCCACCACCCUGCAGAAGACAGCCGAAUAUAUCUGCAAGCUGCAGCAGGAGCGGGCAGCUCUGCAGGAUGAGGCACAGCGUCUGCGGGACCAGAUUGAGGAGCUCAACGGCUCCAUCAACCUGUGCCAGGAGCAGCUGCCGGCCACAGGGGUGCCCAUCACACGCCAGCGCUUUGACCACAUGCGCAAAAUGUUUGACGAGUAUGUUCGCUCCUCCACACUGCAGAACUGGAAGUUCUGGAUCUUCAGUAUCAUCAUCCGGCCUCUCUUCGAGUCUUUCAAUGGCAUGGUGUCCACAGCCAGCAUGGAGAGCCUCACCCAAACAUCCCUUGCCUGGCUGGACCAGCACUGCUCCCUCCCGGCGCUUCGGCCAACCGUCCUGAGCUCUCUGCGGCAGCUGAGCAUCUCCACCUCCAUCCUCAGUGACCCGGCCCGUGUCCCCGAGCAGGCGGCACGGGCAGUGGCGGCGUUGGGACGCCCCAGCGCCUCCUCCUCCUCCUGACUGGUCCGGGUUUUCCGGGAUGUCCCACGGGCACCGGCGUGGGGAGCCGAGACUGCGCGAGGGCUGUCCCGCCCCGACCCCCUGCAAUAAAGGACUUGCUGUGCCACGGACCCCGCGUAGUUCUUCAGCUCCGGGGCCGCUUUGGGCACGGCCGGGAAGGCCGGAGGGGGACCGGGACUUGAGAGGGGCAGGGGCUGAGAAUAGGAGCUAGACGGGCGUCGGGGGUGUCGGUGGCUGAAUGGGGGACGGCUGAGGGGCGGAUGCAGUAUCGCCGCCAGGGGCCGCCCUGCGCGGAUCACCGGGGCCGCGUAUGCGCACACGG